AUGAUUUUGUCUUUUGUAACAGACAAGACCGCCCCUGAGAAAAAGCCCCGGGGAAGGCCUCGUCGGACUCCAGCGGUUCCUCCGCUCCCUUCUCACGAAAAGCCCCAGGCGGUCAGCCGGUCACCGGAUAAGGCCUCAGGGAAGGUGAAUGGGUCCCCAGAAAGGCCCCUGGUGUCUGGACAGAAGAGGAGAGGCCGUCCCCCUAGGUCUGCCCAGAGUGGUAAUGCGGGUGCAGGGGAGCACCAAGGCGGAGGGCGGCCGGGCAAAAGGGGGUGGGUUUGCGGCCAAAAUGUGCCCGAGGGCGACAGGGAGAGGCAGUGGGGCACCCCCAUGGAUCGACGUUUCCACAGGACCAAAGUGAAGCUGAAGUCCAGCCUCAGGGCAGUUGGAAGGAAGGGGGUGGCUAUUCCUGUGGCACCACGGCGAAGACGGGGGCGUCCCCCAUCCGCGGAGCGACUCAGGGCGGCGGUCCCCAGUGCCUCAGGCCACUCGGGGCCCUCCAUGGGGGUAGGACCAAAACAAAAGGCCCUUGGGGAUUUAGACCUUCCUACUCCUCAGCAUUUAAAACUCAGGACAACACAAACUACUGAUGAGGUCACAGACUCCGCCUCCAACAGUUCCCCAGCGCCUGCUGCACUGAGGAGGUUCCUGGGGGUCCGGCAGAGCCCGCGGCACGUAAAACCAGCGUGCAUGGUUCCACCUGCCCGGCGCAGCGAUGCUGCCAUCGCCAAGCAGCUGCUGCAACGCGCCAAGAAGGGGGUGGCCGUGAGGGGAUGUCCGGGCGGGCCCGGCCGGGACAGGGCAAUGAGGAGGAGGUGGACCCAGCUGAAGAACAUUCGCCAGUUCCGAAUGCCUGUGGUCAGCACCAUCUCCAUGCGUGUCAUUAAGACCCCAAAGCGGUUCAUGGAGGAUGAGAUGGGUUUCAGGGCUCCGCCACCCCAUGCCAAAAUGGCCCGUCUGGAUGCUGCUCCCUCUGCCUCCCUCCCCCUGCCUACCUCCCCGGCCUCCGCCAUCCCAGGUGCCUCUGCUCCUGCUGGGGCUGCGGCCUGCAUUGCCGGCGUGGCCCCGCCGCCCGCGGGCUCUACGGUCAGCAGCACAGCUUCCCAGCAUUCCUCCCGCUCCAGCAGCCCCAGCCUUGACUCCUCCAGUGAGGCGCAGUCCCCGCCCCCCCCGGUGCGUCCCCCACCCCCCGGCUCCGAGCGGGGCCGGACGGUGACGUUCGGCCGGGGCAGGAGGGGGAGGAGGAGAUGCUUCAUCAGCCCAGCCACGGGCCUCCUGCGGUCUUCCUCAUCCCAGCAGGUCUCCCCCUCAGCAUCGUCAUCCUCCCUGCCCCCUCCCCCCCUCCUAGCGCCCCCCCACACCCUGCGGGCCACGUCCCCCACCUCUGCUGUUGGGGAGCGUCGCCCACACCACCACCCCGCCUGGGUCAUGCCCCACCCCAUGGCCCCCUUCCUGCCUCCCCCGCCAGUGCUCUCCCCCCUGCAGGACCAUCAGCGCUCCAUCUUGCGCCAGCCCACCUUCCGCUGGACCUCUGCCGUCGCCCCACGCCAGUGCUUCUCCUCCGCCAAAUACGCCAAGGAGGGGCUUAUCCGCAAGCCUGUAUUCGAUAACUUCCAGCCUCCUCCACUCACCGCCCAAGACGUCGGACUGCUGCCCCCAUGUGCCGGAGUGGGGGCGGGUUCAACCUUCACCGCUCCGAACAGGGGCACCGCGAUAGGGGGAUUCUACCCACCACUGCCCCACCACCAUCUACAGCCCUCCUCCCGCUUUGGGGUCCCCCUUCACAAACUCCGACCCCCGCUCCACAAGGUCCGGCCUCUUCUCCGAGCCCCCCGUUUCACGCCCAGCGAGGCGCACUCCCGCAUCUUUGAGUCCGUCACCAUCCCUCGGCCCCGGGCGGCCUCGCUGUCCGAGCUGCGGGCCCAGUCCCUCAUUGGCCAAGGAGCGCGCCGCAGGAGGAGGGGUCAGCUCCGGACGCCCUCGCAUUCCAUGACAACCCGGAGCAGCCAGUCAGGAGCACCGGCAGGAAAAGGCCCCUUGCAACCAGGAAACUCUGUUGUCAGCCCCCUCCCCACACGUGCCUUAACCCCUGCAUCUUUCAGCACCUUUAUCACUCGGCCCACCAGUCUGCCAACUGAGCCCACCAUCCACAGGCCCUCUUCCUCAUCAUCUUCCUCAACGCUCCUCAUGUUUGCGUCCAGCCUCGCGGCAGCUGGCCGAGGGCAAGGUUUGGGAGGGAAGGAGAAGGCGCCCUUGUCACCCCAGGAAACGCUUGUCAAGGAGAAGGACACAGAGGAGCAAAAUGUUGAAGAGAACAAAAGAGAGAUAGAGAAAGAGUGUGAGAGGAGAGGGAUGGCUGUUGCCUCUGCGGGCAUUUCGGGGGUGGCACUCAGUCCCCUCAUUGCGGGAGGUAACGACACUGAGGAACCUCCUUUGUGUUCCACACCCAAAAAUCCCAACAUCGCAGAAGGCCUGCCCGCCAUAGGCCCUGGACACGAGGCGGUCGCUGACCUUUCCCCUGCCUGCCCCACACUCAGGUCCCCCGCCCCUACUCUUGACCCUGCCCUGGCUCCGGAGGGCAGGCAGCAGGUUACGGGACUCCUCAAGAAGGCCAAAGCUCAGCUGUGUAAAAUGGAGAAGGGCAGGUCCGUGAAGACCACAGAGCCACCUAAAGCACAGGACUUUGUGGACAUGCCAGGCCGGGGCCCACGCAUUAAGCACGUGUGUCGCCGUGCUGCUGUGGCUUUGGGCAGAAACCGCGCUGUUUUCCCUGAUGACCUGCCCACCUUGAGUGCCUUGCCCUGGGAGGAGAGGGAGAACAUCCUGUCUUCCAUAGGGAAUGAUGAUAAGUCCUCGGUGGCAGGCUCGGAGGAAGCGGAGGCUCCGGUCGCUCUGGCAAGGCCAGCGAUGAGGCCCAGGGUGCUGCCGGACUCCCCCGCGCGGGCGGGACGUCGCUCGCGCCGCUGCGGGCAGUGCGCCGGCUGCCAGGUCCCUGACGACUGCGGCGUCUGCGCCAACUGUCUGGACAAGCCCAAAUUCGGGGGGCGCAACAUCAAGAAGCAGUGCUGCAAAGAGAGGAAAUGCCAGAAUCUGCAGUGGAUGCCUGCGAAGAUGUUCCUCCAGAAACCAGGGAAAGCUAAGAAAGAUAAGAAAGAAAAACAAAUGUUUGACAAAAAGGAGCAGCCGGUCAAGAGUCCCCCCUCAGAGGGCGAUCCCAACCUCGCGUUAAAGGAGGAGCCUGCUCACAGCGAAACGCCUCCACAACCGCAGCCCCCGCCCUCCGCCCCAGACCCUGCUACAGCCCUGGAGCCCAAGCAGCGGGCAGCCCCCCUCCAGCAGGCCCCUCCACCUCAGUCCCAGCCCCCGGCACAGCCAAACCAGACGCCUCCCCAGAAAGGGAGUGCCACCAGUCCUCCCAGCGAACCCAAAGAAGAGAAGCAGACCCCCCCGAGCAGGUCUUUAAACUGGCUGAGCACUCCCUCGACGGGGGGCGCUGCUGCGCCCAGCGACGGGGCGCGCGGCCUGCGGGGGGACUUCAGGGAGGACGGUGACGUGGAGAAGGUGUGGCGGGCGGGCGGCCUCAGCAUCCUGGCCUCCGUGCCCCACAGACCGCUCACUCUCUGCCUGCUGUGCGCCAGCAGCGGGGACCUGGAGUUUGUGUUCUGUCAGGUGUGCUGUGAGCCCUUUCACCUGUUCUGCCUGGGCGAGGCAGAGCGCCCCCUGCAGCAGCAGCGGGAGAACUGGUGUUGUCGACGGUGUCGUUUCUGUCAGGCGUGUGGCCAGCAGGAUCACAGGAGCAAGCAACAGCUACUGGAAUGUGAGAAGUGUGGAAACAGCUACCACCCUGAGUGUCUGGGGCCCAAGCACCCUCGUAGACCCACCAAGAAGAACAGAGUCUGGAUCUGCACCAGGUGUGUCUGCUGCAAGAGCUGUGGGUCCACCUCCCCUGGGAAGGCGGCCGAUGCCCAGUGGUCACAUGACUUCUCCCUGUGUCAAGAUUGCGCUAAGCUCUUCGUUAAAGGAAACUUCUGCCCUCUCUGUGACAAAUGCUAUGACGAUGACGACUAUGAGAGUAAGAUGAUGCAGUGUGGCAGGUGUGCGCGCUGGGUACAUGCCAGGUGUGAGAAUCUCACAGAUGAGAUGUAUGAGAUCCUGUCCAAGCUGCCUGAGAGUGUGGUAUACACCUGCACUAGCUGCACUCAGCGCCCCCCGGCGGAGUGGAGGACUGCCCUGGAGAAAGAGCUGCAGAGCUCGCUACGCCGCGUCCUGACCGCCCUGCUCAACUCCCGAACAUCCGCACACCUCCUGCACUGCUCUACAGCUGUAAUGAAACUGCCAGAGUUGAACCCAGAGUCGAAGGAGAGCCUGCCAUCUCUCUGCUCCCCUGUGGGUCCUGACCCUCCUCUCCUACGGGACGUGGCUCCGUCUAAGUCCCCCCCUGAUCUGGAGUCUGUGAAGAGGAAGAUGGAGAGUGGUGGCUAUAGUUCUGUGCUGGAUUUCAGCGAUGAUGUCGUGAAAAUAAUCCAGACUGCCAUCAGCUGUGAUGGGGGACAACCUGAAAACAAGAAGGCUAACAGCAUGGUGAAGGCCUUCUUCAGCCGGCAAAUGGAGCGGGUCUUUCCCUGGUUCCUGGUGAAGGAGUCCAGGUUCUGGCAGCCCGACAAAGUAUCGCCUAGCAGUGAGUUGCUUCCAGAUGCCGUUCUGCCUCCUUCUCUGGACCACAACUAUGCCCAGUGUCAGGAGCGGGAUGGGACCUCCCCAACAGAGCAGUCUCUCCUCAUGAAGAAGAUCAUCCCUGCCCCACAACCUCAGGGGCUUGGGGAGCCUGAACCCCCAACCACCCCCUCGCCAGCCCCACCCCAACACCUGCAAGACUUUGCUCAAGGGGACAGUCCUGAAGUGGUCGUACCCCCUGGUUUGAGUGACAGCCGGCAGUGUGUUCUCUGUCUGAAGUAUGGAGAUGACAACAAUAAUGAUGGCGGGAGACUUCUGUACAUUGGGCAGAACGAGUGGACUCAUGUGAACUGUGCACUGUGGUCAGCUGAGGUGUUUGAGGAUGAUGACGGCACCCUGAAGAACGUUCACACGGCAGUUGCACAUGGGAAGCAGUUGCGCUGUGAGUUGUGUAAGAGGUCUGGUGCAACCAUGUGCUGCUGUGUGUCUGGCUGCAGCAGUAAAUUCCACUUCAUGUGUGCACGGAGGCAACAUUGCGUCUUCCUGGAGGACAAGAGGAUGUACUGCUCACGGCACCACAACCUCAUCAAGGGGGAGGUUGUAUCAGAAUCUGGGUUUGGCGUGACACGGAGGAUCCUUGUGGAUUUCGAGGGGAUAAACCUGCGGAGGAAGUUCCUAAGUGGUGUGGAUCCAGAGAGUGUCCAAAUUAUGAUUGGUUCCAUGACCGUUGACUGCUUGGGAACACUGACAGAGCUGUCUGACUUUGAGCACCAUCUAUUUCCCAUUGGAUACCAGUGUUCAAGAGUUUACUGGAGCACUGUAGAUGCCCGCAGGCGCUGUGUGUACACCUUCAGGAUCCUGGCAUGUGGCCCUCUCCUGGUGGAUCCUGUCUCAGGGUCAGUAUCAACAAUCUCCAGCGAGCCCCCAUGGUCGCUGGAAGGCACAGCUGAAGAUGCUACCUGGCGAGGGUCCUCCAGCCUGCUGGUCUUUUCCUCUACGUCCACAAGUCCAGAUAGUUCAGAAUCUGAGUCUGCACAUCACCUCCCUGCUCAUCACUGUGAGGAUGAUAAGGAUGGUCCUGAGGAAGGUGAGGAGGAUGGCAGUGCUGCUGAUGACAACCAUGAGGAUGACAGUGAUGAAUCUGGUUCUGCAAAGCGGCGAUACCCUCGGCGCAGUGCUCGUGCACGCUCCAACAUGUUCUUUGGCCUUACACCUUUUUACGGUGUGCGUUCUUACGGAGAGGAAGAUGUGACCUUUCACUGCCAUGGAGAAACCUGUGAGCAGAAGCCGGCUGGGGGUAGGAGCGGCGAGCUCUCUGCAGAAGAGCAGGUGGACAGGACAAAUAAUAUGAGCUCCUCUUCUUCUGAGGGGAGUGAGGAAGAUGAGGAGAGUAUUGGUGAAAGCCCCAAAAAAGAUGCCUUCUAUUAUAACUUUACCCGCACUAUCCUCAGCCCUGGGGUUGAGCAGACCGUGGGCAGGAUGCCAGAGCUCCACAGCUUCCUGAAGAAAGAAGCAGGAGCUAAGGAGACAAAAAGGGAAGAGGCUGGAGGCUCAGGCAAGAGCUCAGGCCAGCCAAGGAUCAGCCAGCUGGAUGGAGUUGAUGAUGGCUCUGAAAGUGAUGCCAGUCUGAGUGCUGCCGGCAUGAAUGCCACAUCCACCACAUCUACCUCAAAAAAGAGCGCUCGCAAGAGGAAGGCCAAGGAGGGUCGGGUGGAAAAGCAGGACGGAAGCGGCAGCAGCGGAAAUAGUGGUGGCCGUGGAAACAAUGGAGGCCGUAGCCGCAGCAGAAAGAGUCCAAAAGAGAGCUCUCUCUCACUAGGCAGUGGGAAGUCACAGGGACAGGGUUCCCUGGAUGCUCAGUUGUCUCUCAGCACCGACCUCCUGAAGUCAGACUCUGAUAACACCAACAGUGAUGACUGUGGGAACAUCCUACCCUCUGACAUCAUGGAAUUUGUGCUCAAUACACCAUCCAUGCAGGCCUUGGACCAGCAGCCUGAGUCCUCGUCCUCUCAACUGCUGUCCCUAGAUGAGGGAUUUAGUCUUGAUGGAAACCGGGGGAAAGAUAUGAGCCUCUUUGAAGAUUUCCCUCAGCAGCUGCCCAGCACCACGUCAGCCGAGAGAGGAGCCUCUGUAUCAGGGGAUGAACCAUACCUCCCUCUGGAGUUGCCAUCUGACCUGUCUGUGCUCACCACUCGUAGCUCCUCAGUGACCAGCCAGAACCCUCAGCCAGACCAGCCAGAGCCUACCAGCCACCCCAUCAUAUCACUGCCAACUGAUGAUUCCACUGUGGAGAAAGUAAGCAAUAAGCAGACUGGAGGGAACAAUGAAAACCAACAAAGUGGUCUUGGAAGUGGAGAUCCACCGGCUGUAGAGGGUAGCAUCACCUCAAGUCACAUAGAUGCUAAUCUCAUCACAAGCCCAUCCAGUGGUGAAGUGUUGGAAUCGGCCAGCCAUGAGGUGACUGGGACCUCUGGAACAUCUGGUUUGCAAGGUCUUCAGAAACAGAAGUAUGUACCUGCUACUACAGGUAGUUCAGGCUCUGCCCAGGUGGCUAGCACUGCAGUUCAGCCCACUCACUUGAAGCCAGGUACAGAAAAUGUAAUUGUGGUGAAUCAGCACCUGCAGCCCCUCUAUGUACUGCAGACAUGUCCUGGUGUCACCCAGAAGAUCCAGAUUGCUCCUUCAGUCACUACAGCUGCAGUUAUUGAUACCAGGUCCUCCCUCAUUAGCUCCAUGACAGGAGGUUUGACUCUUACUGCAGGCCUGCACACUGGGAUUCCAGCACCUCAGUCCAUGUUUCCCCCUGGGAGUAAAGGGCCAAUACCUAUAUCACACCACCCUCAAAUCCACACUUUCACCGGUACUGCACAAACGGCGUGCCAGUCUAUGCCCAGCACAUCAUCAAGCCUGCUCAUUGGGGUUCACCAUAAUGACCCCCGCAUACUGGUGUCUGAGGCUGGGCAGCACCCUGGUCUUGCUCCUAAUUCUGCAAUUGUCUCCUGCAGCUCAUCCUUACCCUCUUCCACACAAAACAAGAAGCGCCCAAUUUCCCGCCUCCAGCCACGCAGGAGCAGGAAGCUGGCUCGAUCCCAGAACCAGCCGUCUAACAUGACUCUCAUCAACUUAUCCCCCAUGCAGAUUACUGCUGGAAUCCCAGCACAAUCUGAACGAGUAGAACUGGGCACGCUGACUUCAGCUGCCGCUGCACCACACCGGAAAGUCCCCAACAUCAUCAAGCGGCCUAAAUCAGGGGUCAUGUACUUUGAGCCACAAACUCUGCUGUCACACGGAGUGUCAGUUUCCGGUGCACAGCCUGUUGUCCUAGGGCACGAGCCCCCUGCACAGCUGCUGCCCUGUACUGUAUCUGGACUGAACCCUAAUCAACCCCUGCUGAACGUGCUGUCCGUUCCUGCAGGUAGCGCCGGCAGCCUCAUAAGCACGUCGGCUCUCUCUACGCCCAUCAGCGGCUUGCUCCUCAAAGCUAGCCAGCAGAGCGUGGGUCUCCCCGACCACCAGAUGAUACUGCAGCCAGGGGCCUCUAUUAUUCCACAACUGAGCAACACUACCCAGACACCAGUUGCCAGCAGCAUCUGCGUGCUGCCUCCCACUCAACUGCCCCCCCGUCAGACCCUCAGCAUUCCUGCAGCUCGGCACGGAGCUCAGCAGCUACAGCCAGCCAACAAACUACAACCUGCUGCUGAUCACAGCACGACCACCCAGAGAUCUGUACUGCUCAGCCCUGACAGGGUCUCUUCCCAGGGUUCCCAAACUAAAGACAUCUCCUGGGCCACAGACCAGCAGCAAGCAUGCAAAACGGUGACCGCUGCAGGGGCAGCUCCACUCUCUGGGAAAGGGAGGCAGAAAGGGAAAAGGACUCGGCACAGCUCUGAUGAAGCAGGAGGCAAGAAGCGCAAGACCUGCCCUGCUGAUCACCCCAGUGAACAGCCAGGAGAACCCAACCAAGGCAGCUGCUCUUCCUCCACAUCUGGAUGGCGGGACCCAGUCGCCCUUGAUGCCAUGGAUACUGAGAAACCCAAGGAGAGGGAGGUGAAGAGGGGGAAGAUGCUGCAGAAGAACCCCAAGUCCACAGCUCUGGGUCCCCGGAAGGAAGAAAGAGCCCAAUCAUCGAGCAGUGAACGGAGGCUACUGUUUGAGAUUUGCAGUGAUGACGGCUUCCAGGUCCGCUGUGAGACCAUCGAAGAAGCCUGGAAGUCCCUGACGGAUAAAGUCCAGGAGGCACGCUCACAUGUUAAUCUAAAGGAGCUUUGCUUUCAAGGAGCAAAUGGGCUACGGAUGUUGGGUUUGGUACAUGAUGCUGUCAUCUACUUCGUGGAGCAGUUGCGUGGAGCUCAGUACUGCCGCAACCACCGAUUCCGCUUCCACAAGCCUGCAGGAAUGGGUGACCUGCCUGUCAACCCCCAUGGCUCCGCUCGUGUUGAACAGCACCAUAGGAAAUCAUUGGUUGACAUGUUUAACUUCCUGGCAUCCAAACAUCGUCAUCCCCCACCAUAUCAGCACCAGGAGGAGGAGGCGCAUCCAAAGUCUGCUCGGUGGGCCAAACUCUCCAAUGUGGACCUGCCUCUACCAAUGAGGCUCAGACGCUUGAAGAAGGCAUCCAGGAAAGCUUUAGGGGUCUACAGAUCAGCCAUCCAUGGCCGGGGUCUAUUUUGCCGGAGGAACAUUGAAGCAGGAGAGAUGGUGAUUGAGUACUCGGGAACUGUCAUUCGCUCCGUCCUUGCUGAAAAACGCCAGAGGUAUUAUGAGGGCAAGGGAAUUGGCAGUUACAUGUUCCGCAUUGAUGACUAUGAAGUAGUGGACGCUACCAUGCAUGGCAAUGCAGCCCGUUUCAUCAACCAUUCCUGCGAGCCCAACUGCUUCUCACGCGUCAUCAACAUCCAGGGCCACAAGCGCAUCAUCAUCUUCGCCCUGCGCAACAUCUACAGGGGCGAAGAAAUCACUUACGACUACAAGUUCCCUACCGAGGCGCCUGGCCACAAGCUUCCCUGCAACUGUGGGGCUAAGACAUGCCGCAAAUUUCUCAACUGACAUCUCGCCCUCUCUGCGUACUAACGUGAGGUCUCCCUUCUGUCCCUGCAGUUGUCUGACCUCUCAGGAAAAGGGGGGUACUUAACCCUGCUUUUCCUGUUCUGUACACGGAGGGGCUUCAAAUGGAGUUCACAAGGUAACUGACCAGCACGCCCUUAUUUUUGUGGGAAGAGGGUGGUGGAGUUUAUACUGUGAGAGGCCUUUGCUUCACGAGGGGACUACAAGAGGCAAAUUCGUUUGCAACCAAAUUGGAUAUUUUUUCAUAUUUUCACCAAAGUGCAUUUUUGUAGCAGGGAAGCUAGUUGCUUUUCGAUCAGAAGAAAAAGGAAUAACCAGCCUUUCCCCUCAGAAGCAUCUCCCUGUUUGAAUGUAUUUUGCUUACUGCCCAAAACAUCUGAUUUGGGGUCAGCACAACCGUAAUCCAAUGCCGAAUGAUAAUGUGAAAAAAAUCUAAAACUGAUUUAGCAUCAGCACCUAAGAGCAGACUCCAUUUUCACCAGAGUUCCCAGAGGGAAAAGGAGCUAUGCUGGGUUUUAUUUAAAAUAUCAGUUGUGUAACAAAAACACUGUAAAUAUUAAUUCAUAAUUCUAUGGACAAAGUAGUCUCAAAUAUGGAAUUUUAGACAUUAGAGGGAGCAACAGUCCUUGGUGUUAGACUUGUAACAAGAAGUGUGUUUGUUCUCUUUUAAAGUCAUAUUGAUGUUGUUUAUAGUGAUAUCCAUGUGUGUAAAAAAUGUCCUUACUAGAUGAUACUAGGCUGAGAAUAAGGCAGUGGACAAAAUCCCAGUUCUUGCCACUGACUGCCUGUUGACUGGAUUAGCCUUAAUUGUUCAGGAACAUGUUUUUUUUUUUUUUUCAGUUUUGCCUUUAUGCUUGUAUGUAAAUAAUGUAACACACCAAAUAAUCUGAGCCGGACACAUUACUCCUUUGCUACAAUGGAGGCAGACAAAUAGUAAAUAGUGCUAUACAAGUCUGCAUAUGCAGUGAGCUUCAUCAUAUUUGUAAUGACAUACAUUUUCCUGAUUUGGUUCUGUUCUCCUCAAUUUUAGAUUUCUAAUCAAAGAAUUCCCAUGUGGUUAAAAUGCACAUUCUCAGCUUCUUUUUAAUCUCUAGAAAGUUAAUAAACUGAGAAUGUGCACUUUAUCCACAUGUGAAUUGCAAAUCUGAAAUUGUGGAGUACUGAGCAAAAUCAAGAAAAAAAAACCCCAUUAUGUCUCUGUCCCAAACAGCUCACUGUGUACAUGUUGUUAUUAUUCUGGCAUAUUUACUCUCUGGUCUUAUUGGUUUAUGAAGCCUUUUGUAAAGUUGGCAUGUCUUCAUCACUCUGCUGUUAAAGGAACUAAAAGGUCCCUUUAUAUCAGCUCUUCAAGGGAUUCUGUCAGGAGACUUUACCUCAACAUAGGAAAUGUGAGCAUGUAUUUCAUUUGCAGUCUUUAUUGGGACUGGAGUUGUAUUGUAGUCUUAUUUUGUCUGUAUGCUUGUUUUUAUGGAUAAAGCAAAAUCAUGCUUUAUUUUUUAAAUGUAAGUAAUAUGUAUAUUUUUCUAUAGGCAAGACAGAAAAGCACUUGUCUGUGAAGAACACUUAAUGGUUUUAUAUUUUUUAAAGAAACAGUAUUUAUUUUACUGCCUUUUUUUGUAGGGAUUCAAACCAUGUCCAUAAGACAGUUAGGUCCUGGUGGCUUUUAUAUGUUGUUAUUUUUUGUAGCCUGAAUAUUCCUUUCUAUUCCAAAGAAUAAAACUGUCAACCAGGUGCUCAUACUCAAUGUUAGUCUGAGCUUGUCAGGGCAUUUUCAAACUACUGCUUUAGUACUUGUGGGAGACAUAUCAGAAUAUAAACGUUGACUUAGGACAGUAAGACAUCCUCACACGCCAGCCUUAAUAUCAGAUGAAUAUCUCAGUAUUCCCCUUAGCCACACCCAUAUUCCAUGCUUAAAUGAUUUGUGCCAUUAUUUGGAAUCCUUUGCCCUUAUUGGGAAGCAGGGCUGUUUUCGUGAACGGAAAAUAAUUUGCAUUCUGAGUGCAGCAGCACCUUUGGUCAAAAGGCCUGUUUCGAGGGCAAUGCAUAUAAUUUUUGUAAUGAGUUAUAUUUUUUUAUGAAAAUAUAUUUCACUAUCACAUAUAUUAGGCACUACCACUGAAGGUGGGCAGGGGAGAGUGUGGCUCAGUUGUUCUAUAAUAUGCACUGAAUCACAAGCCUGUUGCCUUUGCAUGGCUGGGUGCUGCUAUGCUCGAUAAUAUUGAGUGUGUUUUAUGUUUAUUUGUUUUUGUGGACAGAUGGCUGAUACUUCAGCCAGGUAAAGCACUGCAGUGCUUAGCUGUAGCCCAGUGUCCCACAGCAAGGGCCUUCCUGUCCACUUUUAUUUUUGUUGUUUAUUCAUGCAAAGCUGUUGUGGACCAUGGGAUGAGUGCCUGUCAGUGAUAUUUGCCGACACAUUUGUGCCACAGUUGUAUUCUGCUUCCUGUCCAUGGUAAAGACUGCAACCUCACUCAGAAAGGAGCCAUGGCGUCUGUUACACACUCACACAGUGAUGUCCUUUUAUGAUUUAUGAAGCAUUUCACUGGUUCCUUUUCUUUAUUUCAUAACAGAACAGUACUAUUGCUGAGUGUAUAUUUUAUGCUAAAGUUGCAACACAGCCAGUCUGAACCCAGAUUGAACUCAGAACAUGGCACAUGUUUAGUUGUCACAAACAAAACAUUCUUGGCAAGAAAAUGUUAAAAACUGAUCCUUGCCGCACUGCCCUUAUAUGAGAUUAUGCUCUACUUACAAAGCAAGCACUUGACUUUUAUUACUUAGUACUUAAGACCAGAGUCACCAUGUAAAUGUACCUUAAGGGGUCUGUGCUCUGGGGCUGCUGGGUGGCUCACCCUGUUAAGGCUCUGUUCCAGUGUAUGGAUGAGCCCUUCGGUCACACAUGCUUGUGUGUUCCCUUCCAAAUCGAGGUUGUAAUGAGCCUUGCAGUGUAAGCAUGAUUGGGGACAUCAAAUUAGUGAGAAAAAGGGGGAAGGGAAACAUGAAAAAAUGCUUGUACUCUGUUGUAUUGUUGCUUUUUUAAAAUUUUGUUGCCUAUAUUGUUCUGUGGUAACAGAUUAUCCAUUUAAUGUGUGGAAAUUAUUAUUUAACGCCAAUGUUUAAUUGCUUACAUCGCAAGUAAGCCCAACUCUUGUUAGCACCUAAUGGAUGUUUUAUUGUAUCCUUCAAAAGAAAUUGAGUCAGUGAUGUAUUAGUUGAUGUGUUAAUUGUUAAUUGACAAAUGUUCAUUUUUAUGUCGUUGAAUGUAUUGAUGAUUUCUGUGCUUGUGUCCACGUGUGCAUGCGUGUGUAUGUGUGUGUAUAUAAUGUGGUUGUGAACAUCCUUUUGAAGUCACGCAUUUUUAUCUUACUUUGUUGUCGUAUGGAAUGCAUUUCUGUUCUUUUUUAAAUUUAUAGCAGGGAUUUUAGACUGCUUUCUUAAAGCCUGCCAAGUAUUGUUCUACUCGCACAUCUCCGAUUUGCUUCUCUCCAUUUUCUUGAACUUUCGUGUAGUGUUACAUAAACCGGGAAUAACAAUAUUUAUUUCGGGAAACAUUUAAUAACUAUCAUUGACGUCACAGGUUACAGUUUGUGUCUGGCCUAAACAGGACAAGCUUUCUUUAUAAUAGUUCCUUUGUUCCAGAGGAAAUGUAUAGUAACUGGCUUAAUGGAGACUGGUUGGAGCAGCUUGAAAACAUGGUCUCAAAGGAUUCCCGUGGCCUUGUUUUGAUGUUUUUAUCAUGGACACUCCUUCAUCUUGCCUUUCCAUGAGAAUGACGAUCAUGUUGCUGACGACAGUAAUGGUAGUUCCUUUGGACCGGGUUGUCAGGAAAAACCACUGAAAAUAAUUUCCCAAGGUACUGAAGCUACUUAAGGACUGAUUGUAAGAUUAAAAGGCUUGUACAUAGCUGUAAAAAGAAGUGUUUUUUUUAUUUUCUGUGCACUUUUUUAUUUAAGUGAUAGUUUAAAUAAUAAACAUGUCUGUUUUAAA